CGCAACUCCCGAGCCUUUGCGGAGAGAGCAACCCUCUCCGCCUCCAACUCUUCCCUCUCCUUCGCUUCCCGCCUCCUCUCCCUACCUCCACCUCUACCUCCGCCACCCACUGCCCGCAGCGCCUCCUCCUUUCCUCCUCCUCCUCUCCUCCUCCUCUCUUCCUCCUCCCCUCUCUCUUUUUGGCAGCCGCUGGACGUCCGGUGUUGAUGGUGGCAGCGGCGGCAGCCUAAGCAGCAGCAGUAGUCCCCGGCGCACUCGCCAGCUCGCCUGCUCUCGCCGCUCUUGCCCUCUCCAGCUCUCUACAUCCCGUCUCCCGAAAGGUGCUGGGCGGAUUCGGGGCGGCGGAGGCCGAGCGGCUGCAGCGGCGGUACCGGUAGAGGCAGUGGUAGCGGCGGCGGGAGGCAGGAUGAGCGCACGCGGUGAGGGCGCCGGGCAGCCGUCCACAUCAGCCCAGGGACAACCUGCCGCCCCGGUGCCACAGAAGCGAGGACGCGGCCGACCCAGGAAGCAGCAGCAAGAGCCAACCUGUGAGCCCUCUCCUAAGAGACCCAGAGGAAGACCCAAAGGCAGCAAAAACAAGAGCCCCUCUAAAGCAGCCCAGAAGAAAGCAGAGACCAUUGGAGAAAAACGGCCAAGAGGCAGACCUAGGAAAUGGCCACAACAAGUCGUUCAGAAGAAGCCUGCUCAGGGGGGUGAGUUUGGAGAACGCACCAGGUGCCAUGAAUCACAAACCUCAAGUCUGCCCCACAAUCCUUAUGGGCAGGAGCUCAUCGCUUCCACUCUCAUGGGAGACUGAAGAGACAUCCUCGCAAGAGUCCGCAGAGGAGGAUUAGGGGGCGCCGACAUUCAAUUUCUACCUCAGCAUCAGUUGGAUCUUUUGAAGGGAGAAGACACUGCAGUGACCAGUUAUUCUUAACUGCCACGGUCUUUCUACUUCCUGCGGGGUGGGGCGGGGGCGGGGCUGGGCGAGGGGCGGGGCCGGGGUGGGCGAAAUCGCAUAACCUUGAGAAGGACUAUAUUAAUCACUUUGUAAUCCCUUCACAGUCCCAGGUUUAGUGAAAAACUGCUGUAAACACGGGGGACACAGUUUAACAAUGCAACUUUUAAUGACUGUUUUCUUUUUCCUUAACUUACUAAUAGUUUGUGGAUCUGAUAAGCAAGGGUGUGUGGUUGAAGAAAACCUCUGUGGUGGGCUUAAUCAGUCACUACAUGCAAACCCUAAACCGGCACCCUGGUGACCGGGGGCAUUCGUAUAAGAAAAGCAUUGUGUGUGACUCUGUGUCCACUCAGAUGCCACCCCCACCAUGAUCAUAGAAAAUCUGCUUAGGACACCAAAGAUGAGAACUAGACACUACUCUCCUUUCUUUGUGUAUAAUCUUGUAGACACUUACUUGAUUUUUUUUUCUUUUUUUACUUUUCAAUUCUGAAUGAGACAAAAUGCUGGUGUAUCUUUUCAUACAGCUAGCAAACCAGAAUAGGUUAUGCUCGUUUUUUGCUUUGUUUUGUUUUUCAAAAAGGGAAGUAAACGAGAACCGUUGACUCCUCCAUUUAUGGACUCAUACACAGCAGCAGGAGUGAUAAGCCCACAAGCUCUCUUUCCCGCCUCGGGAAAUCUACACAGCCAAAAGCCACUUAGCCAUAAAUGACACUUGUCAGCCUUGAAGCAUCGGAGAUAACUAGCUGAGUAAAAUGAUCCUGUUUUGGAAUUUAAUGAAAAGGUUAACAGUACCCAAUGAACCCACCCAAGUGAUGACAUGGGAGGAGCGAAACCGAAAUCUCUUUUGCUAUAUAAAGGACACUAUUUUUUAAAAAAAAAUAAUAAAAACAGCUCCCGCUCUCUGUCCUCUCUCCCUCCCUUCUCUCCCUCGCCUCUCUCUCCUCUCUAUAUUCCCUGUUCUUCAUUGUGUACCAGUGUCCGUGAAAGACCGCAGUACCACUUACCUCAGAUGAAGCCUGCGUGUUACAUCCUGUAACACCUUUCAUUUUGACAUAAGAUGGCUAGCCGAGGUGCAUUAUCUUGGUUCGGACUGCCAUCUCUGCAUUCACGCUGCACUUUUAGCCAGAGAUGCAAUAAUCCCCACUCCUCAAUACUACCUCUGAAUGCUACAGUGAAUUUACAGCCCUGCACUUGUUACACGCUGCUAGACACAAGCCCUGCAAGAGAAAGGAAAAAAAAAAGCCCACCAAAACCAAACCAAACCUUACUGGGUCGGCAUCUCAGCCAUCCCCAGUUCUCGACCAUUCUUCUCUGUACUCUUACUCCGUCUCAGCAGGCUAUGCAUGUUUCUAUGACUUUUUUUUUUUUUAAUUAAAAUGUUACAAAUGCUUGUGGCAGCUUUCCUGCUAGAUUGUUACAUUAAUUUGAAACAGUUUUGAGUCAAGUUGCUCCUAGGUUCUUAAGGAGAAUUUUUUUUUCAGUGACACUACUUUGUAUCACACACACACAUCUGUAGUGUUCAAAUAUAAGUCUCCAAGUUUGUACCUCAAAUGAAUUAUUGAAACAAAUGGACUUCCUGAUUUGCAAGGAACUACCUCCACACUUCCAAAGGAACGAACUUGCAGCCUAUAUCACUCAUUGAUUUCCUUCCCCCAUGUUUGAAGGAGCUCAAACCUCACCUCUCCCUCAUUGAAACAUUUUUUUUGGUAAAAGACACUUGAUAGAAACACAAUUUUUUUACAUACUUUUGCAAAAAUAAAUGAAUUAAAAUCAAGCCAACCUUCAAAGAAACUUGAAAUUUUGCUACAACCAGCUCAGCCUUUUGCCUAAUGCAAUGAAAAAGGAAAAAAAUAGAUUUCUAAGAUUUGUUGCCUAGAAGAAUAUGCUUGACCGAUAUUUUUUCAUGUAUUUUACACAAUGUGAUUUUUGUAAAAAAAUGUCUCAAGCAGAUUUGUUUUGGACGCUUCUUGUGUAGAGUUUCUAUGCCUUUCUCUCCUAUUAAGUGUGCUGACUUUCCAGAGUGUUACCCACUGGGCCAGGAGGUAGUUUCUCAUAGUGGCUUGUGUCAGUAUAAGUUAAUACUGAAGCCAAAUGAAACAAACAAACAACCAUGUCUCUUCCAGCUGUUUUCAGGGAGGUUACUUCAAAGGCCACGUGCCGCUCUGAGACUGGCAGAUGGCUCACUGUUGUGAGUCGCCAAAGGAGCUAUGGAGAGAUUAAAAUUCAACAUGACUGUUAACAAUGCAUUAAAUAAUCAAAUAAACAGUGGCUUAUAAAUAUCAGAUUCUCAUUCCGGGUCUUCGGAUGGGCCUUACAGAAACCUCAUUUUGGCCAGCUCAUAAAAACUGAAGCAGCUUCUCGUGUUGGCCAGACUCGGCACACCGAGCAAUUUCCAUCUCUGAUGAAGUUAUUCCUUAUUUCCUGUAUGUUGUACAAUCAAAACACACUACUACCUCUUAAGUCCCAGUAUACCUCAUUUUUCAUACUGAAAAAAAAGAAAAAAAAGAGAAAAAAAAAGGCUUGUGUCCAAUGGAACAGUGAGAACAUCAUAAAAUUUUUAUAUAUAUAGUUUAUUUUUGUGGGAGAUAAAUUUUAUAAGACUGUUUUUUACUGUUGUUGGUCACAGCUAAGUAAGACUGGACAUCUAACUUCUCUACCAUUUCUGCAAGCUAAGUAUGUUUGCAGGAGAAACUUAUCAAGACGAUUAACUGCAUCCAACUUUCUCCCCGUUCCUUUGUGUGCCCUCUGACUUCGUUCUCUGUUCCUUGUGUAGAGUCGCUGUCUGUGAUUGUACUUGGACGGCUUGCUUGUGGCAAUACCUUCUCUAGUGGAUUAUCACUGUCUGCACAAUAAACAUAACAGCCUCUGUGGGCCCCGUGG